AUGAAAAAUGCAGCACAUAUCUACAGGCGUUUGGUGAAACUCGAUAGCUACAUUAGGGAAUUCUUCAGAUAUGGCGCACGAUCUUUGGCUCAUCCACAUACAAAUAUCAGUGAUAAGGAUAUUGUCUUGAAAAGUGGUGCUAUUAUCCGUCCAGGCGAAGAAGUAUAUGUCAAUCUCUGGUCCGUUCAUCAACAGGCUAAAAAGGAUAAUAUUGAUGACAAGGACAUGGAAGAAUUCGAACCAUUCCGACACGUUGGACAACAAAGACCAUCGACAAAGUUGGGUGAAGAUUUUAUGCUAUUUGGAAUGGGAAAGUAA